UUACUACACUCUCUUCUCUUCUCUGUUCAACCAUCCUACUUCUAUUUCUCAUUCCCUCUUUCUCUUCUUCAUGCCGGUCUGAUACCCUCCUUUGUUCCACAGACCGACUCGUCAUGGCGAAUGCCCCCGCGGCCAUGUCGAAGCAGGCGGCGACGCGGGACAUCAAGGCGCAGAACAAGAAGCGAAACCUCGAGUUCCGAGCGCAACAUGGCCUGGUCGUCGCCUUCUUCCUCCUCAUACUAAUCUUCCACGCCCUCGGCAUCUACCUCUUCUUGAAUGGUUUCCUUCUCUCGCGACUCGUCCUCCAGCACCGAUCCGAUUGCGCAGUCCCUCCGAUCGCCCUCUCCGAACAUCCCAAGGACUUUGUCGCUGGAUCGUAUGGACAGGGCUGUUGGCAUCCCAAGUCCUUUAACAAGGCCGUGGUCAUCAUUGUGGAUGCCCUGCGCUACGACUUUACGGUGCCAUUCCAUCCCACGCCCGGGAACGAUCACCCCCAACACUUCCACGAUGCCUUGCCAGUUCUGUACGAGACAUCAGUCAACGAGCCACAGAACGCCUUCCUCAGACCAUUCAUUGCAGACCCGCCAACCACCACGUUACAGCGGCUGAAAGGGUUGACCACCGGCACGCUUCCUGUGCUCAUCGAUGCGGGCUCGAACUUUGCGGGGACAGCUAUUGAUGAAGACAACAUUGUGGAAAUGCUGUACAAGGCGGGGAAGAAGGUGGUCCAUCUGGGAGAUGAUACAUGGCACUCGUUAUUUCCUGGAUAUUUUGAGCCCAAUCUGACCAGGGCUUAUGAUUCUUUCAAUGUGUGGGAUCUUCAUACCGUGGACAAUGGCGUCACAGAACACCUUUUUCCACUCCUGGAGCCCUCGAUGAACGGCCGUUGGGAUGUGAUUUUUGGCCAUUAUCUCGGGGUAGAUCAUGCAGGACAUCGAUAUGGACCAGAUCAUCCCGCCAUGAAUGAGAAACUGAAGCAAAUGAACGACGUGAUUCGGCGCAUUGUCUCAACCCUAGAUGAUGAUACGCUUCUAGUGGUUAUGGGAGACCACGGGAUGGACGUCAAAGGCGAUCAUGGAGGCGAGUCUGAUGAUGAAGUUCAGGCUGCAUUAUGGAUGUAUUCAAAGCGUGGCAUCUUCGGCCGCAGUGACAGGUCUUCGAUGGCGCCGCCACUGACUGCACAGCAAAGGCCUGUAGCUCAGAUAGACUUGGUCCCUACCAUGUCGCUCCUUCUCGGUCUACCAGUGCCCUUCAACAAUCUCGGUCAGCCUAUUGAGGAGGCCUUCCACAAAUCACCCGUGCUGACGGAGCCGAACUACGACAAUCUUGCACAAGUGGCUCGCCUCACUGCAGCCCAAAUUCAUCGAUACCAGGCUGAAUAUGCGAAAGCUCGUGGACUGGGCAAUUCAACCGCAUCUAGCACGGAACAGCUGUGGCAAGUGGCUAACCAGGCGUGGAGUACAGCACGUUCCGGAGGUGCUUCAAGUUCGCAGAAAGAUGCUUGGGCCGCUUUCUCUGCUUACCAGACCGAAAAUCUGCGUAUCUGUAAGUCACUGUGGGCACGAUUCGAUCUUGUGAGCAUGACCAUGGGCAUCAUUGCCCUUGUUGGAACGUUCUUGAUGGUUCUGGUAUAUGCUCAGGGUAUCCUACGCGGAGAUCGUGCUGCCAUCACUCCGCCUUUAUUCAUCUGGGGCCUAGGUGGCACCCUUGUUGGCGCAAUGAUCGGCGCAGUGGCAGGACAGCUGACCAAGGAACACGAAGUCCAGUCAAUUGCAUUCGGUGCAGCACUGGGUGGAGUGACUAUGACAAUGGCAAUGUUCUGGCCGGCACGAGAGCUACUGAGCGUGCCCAGACCAACCACCUUCUGGGGUUGGCUGUGCAUGUUGACGACGAUCUUACUAUGUGGUGGGUUUGCUGCAAACUCUUUCACCAUCUGGGAAGAUGAGCAGCUGUUGUUCAUCUUGACUACUUUCGCACUUGCAAUGUUGGGGAGCUCACUAGGUCAGGGUGACCCCGAUGAUCGAUGGCUAGGUGCCACGAAUGCUCUGUCCUUCCUGAUUGCAACACGUCUCACUUCCUUGUCAAGACUCUGUCGAGAGGAGCAGAUGCCCUUCUGUCGAUCAUCAUACUAUGCGUCAGCGACUUCGUCCACCUCAUCGAAGUGGCAGCUUGCCAUACCUCUCGCAGUGGCGCUCUUUCUGCCUAGCGCCAUCACGCACUUUUACAAGCGUAGUGCGAACUAUCACGGCUCAGCAGUGAUCUGGAUCGGGAUUGCCCUGCGAUUGGGCCUGGUCAUGGUGGCCACCUUCUGGGCCAUAGAUGCUGCAGAUGAUGGGGACUGGUUUCCCCAAUACUCCGGCAGUAUUUUGAAGACAGUCCGCACGUAUCUGGCACAAAGCGUUCUGGCAUUGACGUUUGCAGCCGGGUACGCGACGUACAUCUUUGCGUCUCCUAUGCUUAUGGUCAAGCAUGAAGAAGCCGAUCGUGUGGUUGCAAAAUCUGAGACGCUGAGCGAGACAGACCCCACGUCCCCGGUCUUGACCACUGUUGGCGCCAGCGGGCCUGCCAGAAGACCAAAGCUCAUGAUAUAUGGCUACUCCAACUCACACGGCACUCGAUACUUCCUACUUCCGUGCGCGUGGAUACUGACGCUCUUGCUGUUCCAGAAGCCCAUGGGACAAGGUGCUCUGGCAUUUUGCAUGAUUCAGAUUUUGAACGUUCUUGAGAUCAUCGACGCCAAUAACCUCCGCCGCUCGCCAUUGGGGCCGACUGUCCUCGCACUGCUAGGAAGUUUCCACUUCUUCAAGACGGGACAUCAAGCAGCACUGGUCACCAUACAGUGGGACACGGCCUUCAUACCGUUGAAGACAAUCGUGUACCCAUGGACACCCAUUUUUGUGAUUUUGAACACAUUUGGACCACAAAUAUUGUGCGCUAUUGCAGUUCCUGCGAUCGUGAUGUGGAAAGUUCCACCCAGGCAUACUGGAGUGCUUGGGCGUGUUGCUGGUUGCAUGGCGACCCACAUCCUAUUCUAUGCCGCCAUCGCCGUGGCGACUGUCAUUGAAGCGGCUUGGCUGAGAAGACACCUCAUGCUCUAUCGGGUGUUCAUGCCGAGGAUGUUACUUUCCGUCAUGACGCUGCUACUCAUCGAAUUUGUUGGAGCAUGCAUUGCCCUGGUUGGAGUGAGAUGGAGUAUAGUGAGUGUCGGAGAAGUGUUCGGGUGGCCUGAGUAGGCAUUGUAGUAUGUACACCAUAUUGGAACAGCAGAAUAUGCACUCCAAGGUAAUAAAAGC